CAAAGAUAAUACUAAAGAGUUUCUGACGUUAAUGUCUGUAUUUGAAUGUUUGUGUUUGUUUAUUAAGUGAGCAAUGGAAUGAAACACGUAGUUCGUAGAAUAUGUACUAACGAAUGGUGAAGAAAAAGCGCCCGAACACGCCUCUUGGAGAUGACAGUGCCUCCAACAGUGUGAGUGGCUCCGCUGUCCCAAGCCCUGUCACUGUCACUCAUGAUGCCACAGAAGAAGGAAAAGAAGAUAAAAAGCCUCCUGUUUUUAAACAUCCAAAUUUCCAGCAUUCUAGCAAGAGCAGCAACAAGAAGAGAGCCUGGAGAUCACUCAAGCAGAUCAUUGCACAGGAACGAAUGCUUCCAUGGGGAGAUGAUUAUAUCCAUUAUGGUAAUAUAGAUGCACCACCAUCAUUCAAGCCUUCUAAAAAGUACUCUGACAUAUCUGGAUUACUGAAAAAAACUCCCGGUGACCUGCUACACCAGACAGUUGUCACCUCCCAAGUGCCUGGGAGAGAUGUGGAUGGAAACUGCCACACAGCUGGUCCGAAAAUGGUUCAGAUCAGUGGCCUCUAGCACUUCAUAACAGAAGGCAAAAUACAAAGACCCACAGACAAAGUUGCUGUAUGCCAACGCAGAAGAGUUUUCAACUAUACGCAGUUUACCAAUGGACAUAACAGCAGGAUACCUUUCAUUACGCAGAGCAAAUAAUCCAAUGGGAUAGAAACAUUGGACUCAGGCAUCGAAAUAAAAGCUCUAGUUUAAUCAA